GCAAAACAAUUCCAUCGCUUUGUCACGUUUAACGGCUCAAUCAUCGAAACAUGUAUCAUAACGCACGAAUUAUGAUAAAAAAGAAACUGUCUUUCGAAUAAAAGCAAUCCGUUUGCCAGGUGCGCUUAAGGAUGUACAGGACGUCGACGGAGCAAGUGUACGAAAUGCAGCCGCUGGAGGGUAACAGUUCUGUUCAACGUUACACUGAACAGCCGAAACAACGAUUCUUUGAAAUGCCUACUCUGUCGGUUUCGCCGACGUCUUCUCUCCGAAAGCGCGUCUCGGAACUGCCAAGAGCCGCGAGAGCACCCGUUUUCGGUGCUGCGGGCAUGGUCUGCUCUAAUAGGGAUCUGAUAUCGAUCCUAAGCUCGGUAGGGUCUUCCGCGACGGAAAUGUCGAAGAAGCCGGAAGAUUUAGCAACGGCCAGUUCAAGUCUUAGGUUCGACGAAUUGAAGGUAGUGAAGGCGGUGAAGAAAAUGUUCGGUAAAAAGUCCCCUAAUAGCGAGGUCGUAUGGGACAACACUAGUGGAACCAAAGUGGACGCUCAGGUAUUUGGUAGCGCAAUUGAGAAGAUAUUAACGGCGCAGAAGGGAAACGAUACGGAGAUACCGAGGGCUUCCGGGUCGAGCGGAAAGCCCUCGGUAUCUUCGAACAAACCAAUGUCAGGUGAAGUGACAAAUUUGUUUUGGAAUAGCAAGAACCAACAGCAGACGGAAUUCAGCGAACCGUCUCUCUGUUCUUCCCUAAAGGACCUAUUCAAGAAGUAAUGGGGAAGAACAAAUACUAAUAAAUGUUAAGUGUCUCUAGUUUAAUUAACACUUCUUUAUCUAAGAAUUUCUUCCCUAAAAGACCUAUUCAUUAUGUAAUGUAGAAGCACAAAUACUAAUAAAUGCUAAGUUUUUCUCGUUUAA